UUGCCUUACAGAGAGUAAUGGGACGUGAAGCAGUCUUGGCUGGGAAUUUUGACGCGUUCAUCAUUGCUAUGAGAGACAAUCCAAAGGAGCUCAUUAAACUUUUUCUUCCCUUGCUAGGAUUGUCAAAACCCUUCGUCGUGUUUUCUCCCUUCAGAGAGCCGCUUGCUGAAUGUCACGUGAUGUUGAAAUCUAUGGGCUGUGCAGUGUUGGUGAAGCUUACUGAAAACUGGCUCAGGGAGUAUCAAGUUUUGCCUGACCGAACUCAUCCUUUGGUGACGAUGAGUGGGAACUCGGGUUUUCUUCUUUCCGGUAUCAAAGUGCAAACGUCGAGUGAAUGCUGUCAAGUUCCGGACAAACCUUCGCAAGAGAACGAUGUCGAAAUGACCGGAGAAUAA